AACAAUGUUACAGUUUAAUCUAAAUAAGACAAAGAGGCAACUAUACUCUUCUCGCACUAAUUAAAUUAUCAUAAUUUCUAAUUCAGUCCUUUCUAUUCUGUCAUGUCUCCUUGUCUCAAGCACUGACAGCAUGCUCCCAUGUCACGCGCUAUAUAAAAUCACAAUUUUAUUUCUCUAGUCAUUAAGACUGCUCACAAAAACAUAAAUAAAGUCGCUAUCAAAGUGAACGUAGAAACUAAGAUAGAACGCAGAUAAGAGAGAACCCAGAUGCUUUCAAGUAGUAUUCGACAGGAACUGGCAUAGAGAUAACCACCGUCGGCAUUAAGGAUCUUCUUCUGGUUGAGUUCGACUCCAGACGUGAAGACAAAUUUGGGAAUCUUGGGAAUCUGGGAAUACAGAAUUGAGGAACAGACUCCAGAUGACCUUUUUGAUGCCUGUUCAACAAUAAUAAUAAAGAUAAAUAAAGGUGUACCGGAACCAGAACGCCGAGCUCUUGUGGAGGUGGGAGGUUAGGUUUACGACAGUGGACGGAGGAUUUCGUUGAAGCCACAGAGUCUCGCGAAAACUGUUACUGGCUGUUGAAGAAGAAAAUGUGGAAGCUUCUGCUCGUGUUGUGUGUAGGGGUGGUGGACACUGCCAGCGUUAAGAACUGGAAGCACUUCAAGAGAAGCAUACUCACAGGCUGCGACGUACCAGAGUAUUUCCGGUGUGCGAGUGGUACUUACUGCAUUGAGCCAAAAUAUACCUGCGACUCAAGAGAUGACUGUGGGGAUAACUCUGACGAGACACUUCCUGAAUGUCCACCAGAAGGUUCAUGCACAGGUCCCCAUCGCUUUCCAUGCAAGAACGGCAACUGCAUCGGAAUAUCUUUCUAUUGUGACUUAAUGGACGACUGCGAAGAUGGAUCUGACGAGGAGAACUGCGACCCUUCUGCCUGCUCUGAGGACGAGAUGAGGUGUGACAUCGGCCUCUGCAUCGAGCCAUCUUGGCUGUGUGACGGAGACGACGACUGUGGUAACGGCUGGGAUGAGCGACCAGAGAACUGUCAUCCACGAUCGACGACAACAGAGUCGACGUGAACAGUCGUCGCUCUACCUCUCACCCACUUGCUAUCGUCGUUCUUUCGUCAAGCUGCACCCGGCUGUAAUAAAAGGUCGUUUCGUUGUCGAGGGGAGCUAGUUAUGCAUUAUCCACCCGGGGUGAGUGUCCACAGCGGUUUCCUUGAUACUGUUAUAUAUGGGAACAACACCACAGAGGCACGCAACAUCACAUACAGACGUUUCGCGUUAAAUGAGUUAAACACCAUCAUUGCAUGACAAACAUUGCGCCAUCCUAAUGCUCGUAUCAGGAUCGUUGAUGAGGAUACCGCUCAUUCAAAGACAAUGCUAGUACCUAGUGAUGUGUUCAUACUCCUCUCAAUUGAGUUUUCCCGUUUUCGUGUUACUAGUAAAUCCUCCACGACAAAGAAAGGAGCAGGAAGUCCGUGAUAAAAAAUGUGAAUCUUGGAUCAGGAUGGCUGCUUAUGACGACAACCCUCAGCUCAUGAAUGGCACCAAAAAAUCACGGAACUUAAAAAGAGUCCGUAAUUUUAUUCGUGCCAUGUACUAGCAAGGGAAAGAAGCAUGCCAGAGCGUUAGUUGUCCGCCCUUAGCAUCGGCGCUGUCCUGCUGUCCUUUGAGCUCAGCUUUGAAGAGGUCGCAACAGAAUGUACUUUCAGGCAAGGACACCAGUGUCCAGGGAACAAAAGAGGAUCAUCCACGAUCCAUAGCAUCAUAACCAUUGUGAACAGUCGUCGCUCUCACCCGCUUACUGAAUUCAUUCUUUCGUCACGCCGCACCCGGCUGCAAUAAAAGUCG